CACCAACUUCUUCUCCCAGCAUCCGAAAAUCCAACAGACAAGAUGCCUCCACGCAAGUCCAAGAAGACAUCUGAUACGAUCAACUCCCGCCUCGCCCUCGUCAUCAAGUCGGGCAAGGUCACCCUCGGAUUCAAGUCCACGCUCAAAUCACUUCGGUCGGGCAAGGCCAAGCUCGUCAUCAUCGCUGGCAAUUGCCCUCCUCUUCGCAAGUCUGAACUGGAGUACUACGCCAUGCUUUCCAAAUGCCCUGUUCACCACUUCAGUGGAAACAACAUCGAACUCGGGACGGCGUGUGGAAAACUUUUCCGUUGCGGCACCAUGGUUGUCCUCGACCCAGGUGACUCCGACAUCCUGAGCCAAGAGACCUAAAUGUGGCUCUCCGGUAUUUGAAUGGGAGAACAACAAUCGGAGUGAUAUGUAUGGCAUACAGAGCAUAGACACC